AUGUUAAGUACGCGUGAUGGGCCAUUCAUCCAAGUAGGUCGACUUAAUCUGCCUAAAUAUGCACAAAAUCAGGCGAUAGCUCGAUUACUUUUUGAACAUUUAUUCUAUCACGCGAAUGAGCUUCGAACGGCUCUUCAAUUAGCUACGCUUGCUAAUGAAAUAACAGUAAAUAAAGAUUGGUGGUGGUUAGUACAACUUGGAAAAUGUCAACAUCGUUUAGAUAUGUUGCGUGAUAGCGAAAAACAUUAUUUACUUUCACUUGAAAUUCAACCUAUGGUUGAUACAUAUUUAUAUUUAGCUAAAAUUUAUCUUCGACUUGAUCAACCAUUACUUUCUAUAAGUAAACUUCAAGAAGGUUUAGGAAAAUUUCCUUACGAACCAUUUUUAGUACAAGCUAUUGCACGCAUUCAUGAAGGUCUUAAUGAUAUGACACAAAGCGCCGACAAGUACCGACAAGUACUACAAUUAAAUAAUAUAAAUAUUGAAGCCAUAGCAUGUAUCGCUGCAAAUCAUUUCUAUAAUGAUCAACCAGAAAUUUCAUUAAAAUUCUAUCGUCGUCUUUUACAAAUGGGUGUAAUGACAGCAUCCAUUUUGACAAAUGUCGCAUUAUGCUGUUUUCAUGCGCAACAAUAUGAUAUGGUUGUCACUUGUUUCACAAAGGCCUUAGCAACUGCAACGGUCGAUGAAGAACGAGCCGAUAUUUGGUAUAAUAUCGGUGAAAUGGCCUUAUAUACAGUAGAUACUUCAUUUGCAAUUCAGUGCUUUCGUUUAGCACUUGUUUUUAAUAACGAUCAUGCCGAAGCAUAUAAUAAUUUAGCCUUAGUGGAAAUACAAAGAGAAAAUUAUGAAACAGGCCGCAGUUAUUUGCAAAUUGCUCAAGGUCUUGCACCACAUAUGUUUGAACCAUUUUAUAAUUUUGCUAAAGCAUCAUAUCAAAAAAGUGAUUUUCAAAGUAGUUAUCGUGCAAUCAACAGUUCACUGGAAUUAUACAAAAAUCAUUCGGAUUCAAAACAAAUUUUUGAUGAACUUAAAAAAAUGCUUGCCGAGCUUUAA